GACGGUGCGCAUGCGCAAGGCGGCGGAACGCUCCGGAAUACAAGAUGGAGGCGGCGGCCGAGCGGUGAAGCGGAGGCGGGAGCAGGGGCAAGACGGAUCGCUGUCGCUCCUCACUUACUACAUGGCAGUUUGCAGGACAGAUGUAAAAGAAAUGGCAAGUGAAAACCACAGCGGUCUGCAAGUGGACCCCACAGUUAUUGUCCAGCCAGUGGGUACAGCUAACAAGGGACAGCCCUCAUCACCAAAGUCUGUCAAGCCAGUGGCACAGGAUCUGCCAGAUGAACUGGUUCAGGCAGGAUGGUCAAAGUGUUGGAGUAGGAGAGAAAACAGGCCAUAUUACUUCAACAAGUUCACCAACCAAUCUCUCUGGGAAAUGCCUGUGUUUGGACAGCAUGACAUCAUUUCUGAUCCUCUUGGCUUAAAUGCAACUGUGGAGACAGGUGAUGGAGAUUCAGCAGCUGAUAGUGGACAACGGAAACGACGACAUUCUGAGGAUACCCAGCAGCAAUCUUCGAAUAGCUUCAAAAAACCCCGAACAACUGCACCAUUAACUCCCACAACUCCGAUAAUUCCUAUUUCUCCCAUUGCUGUUGGCACUCCUAGCACACCUGUAUCCCGAACAAGUGGAACUAAUUUAGCAGAAGAAAAGCAACAGGCGGCACCGACAUCAACACAAGCAGUGGCAGCAGCAUCCUCCUCCUCAUCAUCAUUGUCAUCUAUCCCUGCAGCUGCACCUAUCCGUCCUACAGCUGUGUACUGGGACCUUGAUAUUUCAACUAAUGCAGUGAUUAAGGAGCGCCUUCCAAUCGAGCUGCUUCCACCACACCCAGAUGUGGAGAUAUUAAGAGCACAGCUGACAGUGAAACUGAGGCAACACUACCAGGAGCUCUGCCAACAAAGAGAAGGAAUUGACCCACCUCGCGACUCUUUUAAUCGCUGGCUCCUGGAGCGCAAGGCGAUUGACAAAGGCAAGGACCCAUUGCUACCCAGUGAUUGUGAUCCUAUCGUCUCUCCCUCUAUGUUUCGUGAAGUAAUGAAUGACAUUCCCAUCAGGUUGUCUCGCAUUAAGUACAGGGAGGAAGCCCGGAGACUGCUUUUCAAAUAUGCUGAGUCUGCAAAGCGAAUGAUUGAAUCCAGAAAUGCUACCCCAGAUGUCAGGAAAACUGUGAAGUGGAAUGUUGAAGAUACUUUCAACUGGCUACGUAAGGAACCAUCUGCCACAAAGGAAGAUUACAUGGAGAGACUUGAACACUUGCGGAAACAGUGUGGGCCCCAUGUGGCAGCAGUGGCUAAAGAUUCUGUGGAAGCAAUCUGUGGGAAGAUCUACUACAUAUCUGGUGAAUACGUGAAGCGAGUCCGAGAGAAGCAUUUGGCAUUACUCAAAGAGUGCAAUAUAUCAGAAGAAGUGGAGAGACCGGAGGUAAUGGACAGACUGGUAUACUGUUACCCUUUAAGACUCGCAUUCCCCACAACCCCACUCCCACGUGUUGAUUUGCACUUUGAGAAUGAAGUUGCCUGUAUACGGUAUAAAGGAGAAGUUAGAAAAAUCAGCCGGAACUACUUGAAUAAACUGGAACAGCUCUAUAGGUACAGUUGUGUUGAUGAUGUGCGAUUUGAAAAGUUCUUGACAAGAGUCUGGUGCUUACUCAGGAGAUACCAGUCCAUGUUUGGUGUUGGGAUACACGAAGGCACUGGUUUUCAGGGGGCUCUACCAGUAUCUGUGUUUGAAGCUCUGAACAAACAAUUUGGCGUAACAUUUGAGUGUUUUGCCUCACCACUGAACUGUUAUUUCAGACAGUACUGCUCUGCAUUUCCUGACACCGAUGGCUACUUUGGAUCCAGGGGCUCAUUCUUGGCUUUCUCACCAGUCAGUGGCUCCUUUGAAGCAAAUCCUCCGUUUGGUGAAGAACUGAUGGAGUCUAUGGUCACACACAUGGAGGAUCUGUUGGGAAGCUCUAGUGAGCCACUUUCAUUCAUAGUGUUCAUACCUGAAUGGAGGAACCCCCCAACACCAGCUCUCGUCCGAAUGGAGGAGAGCAAGUUUAAACGACACCAAAUCCUAGUUCCAGCCUAUGAGCAUGAGUACAGGAGCGGGGCACAGCACAUCUGCAAAAAGGAGGAUAUCUAUUAUAAAGCUGUGCACUCUACAGCUCUCAUCUUCCUGCAGAAUGAUGCUGGGUUUGUGAAGUGGGAGCCCUUGCCAGAGCGGGUCCAGCAGCUAAUGGCAGCCUAUAAGUUGACAGGAAAGUCAUCCUCCUCCUCGUCCUCGUCCUCCUCAUCGACAGCUGGUGAGAAAGACCAGGAACAGAGUCGGGACCAAAGCAGCAUUACCGAGCAUCAUUGAAAUGCAAUUGAGGGCGUGUGCAAGACAUAAGCAGCUCAGAGCAGUUAAUACCAUGUGUGGUUUUAAACAGGUGGACUCAAUACAAGCUGCAAAACCAUUGUCGUCACCAGCAAGCAAUGUACAUAAUGUACAGUGUCUUUCAAAACAGAACCAGAGUUCUGGGUUCUUAAUGUUUCUGUUUGUUGUUUUUAUUUUUAUUGAGGUGUUUAGGGGAGCGAAGCAGAAUAUGUCUGUGUAAUAUAUUCCAUGGAAAUAUUUCAUAACAGAAUACCGUGUCAGUUUUAUCAGCUUUCUUUUUUUUGAGAUUAUGCAAUUCUGCCUAAUAUUUUUUUAAACUUUACGAAUAGUGGCUGCAGACAUUUUCCAUUUAAUGCAGGAAUUUCUUUUCAAUGCAGAGAAUUAAGUGUAAGUGUACAAACUGAUGGAUAGGAAUUGAUUGGUGUUUCUGUAAGAAGUGUUGCUUCUUGUUGACCUGUGUAGACUGUAUCUCUGAAUUGUUCAACGGCAGCUCCACUCACUGAACGUUUGAAUGUACAGCAUCCAGCACAUUUAACCCUUCACUGGCAAAGGGGAAUUAGAUAAACUUCUGAAGGGAAAUAAUGAAGGCUACAGGGAAAGAACAGGGAUAUGGGAUUAUGGCAGAGGGCUCCAUAUGAACGGUAGGCAGCAUGGGCUCCUUCUGUGCUGAGUCCUCUUCAAUAAGGUUCGAGGAGAUUCUCAUUAAGCACCCAGAUUCCUGUCUAUGUGGUUAGUUUCAUUGAUUGUUUAAAUAAUAAGGUCUCCCAACUGUGCAGCAACCUGUGGAUGCAGAGCAUUCGAUUCAGGUAAAUGGGAACCCUCUGCCAGUGAUGAACUUUUAGUGAUGAUUAUAGAGUAACUAGAAUUCAGUACUAUUCUCAGCUAAGCCAGCCAGCAAAGGGUUAAAUAUAGAGUUGCUCCACUUGGAAGGUAUGGCUCAAUAAAAUGUCCUGUUAAAGAGCAACUGAGACUGUAAGGUCUUGUAUGCCCAUACAUUGCUUCAACUACAGACCCAAGCACCAGAAAGGCCAGAUUAUCAACAAUUUUGGUUCUUGACUUUUGCUAUAUUGCUAAGAGAACCUGAUGUCAAAAUGGCAGGGCAGCACUGGUUACUCAUAAUGAAACCACUUGACAGCUACACUGAGGAUUGUGAGUAAUGGUUCAACGCUGUACUGCAGGCUGAACAUCCAUCCCUUAGCGAAUACUGUCAUGUGUGGAGAUCUGGCUGAUCUGUGCAAGGCUGUAACCCAAGCAAUAUCCCAACAGUCUUACUGUAACAGUACACAACAUCACGUUGAGAUUGUUUCUAAUUAACAGAGUCCAUGGACCCUUACAGGUUGAAUAAGCAGCUUCCUAUUACAAAACUUUAAAACAGCAACUGUUCAAAGUGAAGGGCUGGAGUAUGCUUGUAGUUAAUUUGUUAAUUUGUGUGGCAAAAGAGAGCAUUGGGAUAGUUGAAGAGGAUUUGACUGUGCUACAAUUAAAUUUUUUUAAAUAGAUACUAUAUAAACAGAAAAUGCUGGAAAUACUCAGCAGGUCUGGCAGCAUCUGUGGAGAGAGAAACAGAGUUAACGUUUCAGGUCUGAAACCCUUCAUCAGAACUGGAAAAUUAUACAUCCGGUGAAGGCUUACAGACCUGAAGCUUUGACUCUGUGAUUCUCCCCACAGAUGCUGCCAGACCUGCUGAGUAUUUCCCAUUUUUUUUCAGAUUUGCAGCAUUUUACUUUGGAUAUAUAGCUUAGUUUAUUCCCCAGUAACUGCACAGAACAUCCUAUCACAACAUGCAUCCAAUCUGUCAGUUUAAGCUGGUUAUCUCAGCUUUGUCAUUACUUGGCAUGAGAUUAUCCGUCAGCCUGUAAUCCAGAUACUGUCUUGUCGCCUUGUUGCUCCAUUACCCUAUGGCCCACUCACUGUCCUGGAACUCUCCAUUACCCUAUGGCCCACUCACUGUCCUGGAACUCUUCAUUACCCUAUGGCCCACUCACUGUCCUGGAACUCUCCAUUACCCUAUGGCCCACUCACUGUCCUGGAACUGCAUAAAGAAACCUUUUAGUCAGUGUUCAUUUUAUUAAAAUUGUAUACGGUAGCAACCAUGUGUAAUGAGGAAUGCAGUUAAGAGUUUAAUAACAAAUUUCUUCAUUCUGGAUCUGAAGUGUGGGAGACCCUUAAAAUCACCACUAUGGCACAAUCCACAUGACUUGUAUCCUACAUUACACUCAACUUAAUCAGAGUGCUGGUCUUUAUUUACCAUUCCUAUCCACUGGAUCUCCUGGUGCCCUGUUUGGAGUGCCUCUAGUUCCCUGUUGUGGGACCUCCCUCACAUUGCUGUUCAAUGUUAAGAUGAACAUUCUUACAGGUGGAUUUUGACACCAUGGGCUAAAUUUUACACUCCCUUGCUGGAGGGUUUGAUCGCAGGAGAGCGAGCAUAUAAAAUCCAAUGCAUGGCCUUCCUGACCUGUCUGAAGUUUUACAGGGGGUGGAGUAGCCUGUCCACCCGUGGGCCACUUAAGGGUCUCAUCCCAUCCCUGCUGAUAUUUUACCCCCCACGGGGGGAGGCCAUCGCCAUGCAGGAAGCUCAACAGCUUUAGCUGGGUGUGCUGGUGUCAGGCAAGGGGUCAGGAGCCUCCUUUGCAGGCCCCUGAGCCCAUCGGAGACCCCCCCCGAGGUCAUUUCCCCCUUUAACCCUCCACCCCUGGUCUUUUGAACCCAGACCUCACCCUCCCCACUCACCCUCCUUGCCUCAACCCUGUCUGUGGACUUAUCUGUCAGUCCAGGAUCCUCAACAUUGGGGCAUACCUGUAGUCCCAGCAGUGGCUCCUGGUAACGCAGCUGGGACUACUUGAUUGGCUGACAGCUAUAUAAGGCAGGACUCCCUUCUGAGAUAGGGGUGGAAGACUCACCUUAAAGCAAUUAAUGUUGCUCCCAGUGCUACAUUGCUGUGGGGCAGCCAUUGGGAUCAUGGGAGGGCUUUUAUCCAGGUGGGGAUGUGGUUGGGGGAAGGGACCAUGAUGCUCCAUAAAAUCCAGCCCGAUAAUAUAUAUGUAGUAUAUAUGAAUCUGUAUAGACACAAUAUACACCACAAAACCCUCUCUUUCCACUUGCCUGCUUUCUGUCUGGCUGUUUUACAAAUUUCUUUACAGUCUUUUGUCCCUUAUGUUUGUUUAUUUCUUUCCAUUGAUUGCCUCUUUCUUUCAGGUCAGUAGCCUUUAAUGCAAGACAAUGCAUUGGGUACUAUUCAACAGACUACUUGAACUCACCAUCCAACCCUAUCCCAUCUUCUGCUGAUGUGUGCACUCUGCCACCAUUACCAUCCUACAGAUCACAGGCUCUUGUGUUUACACUUUUGGUCCUAUUACACCACAGUGGCUGAACUGCUGCAUCUUCAUCCCUUCUGUGCACUUUAAUGGAGCAAUCAAAUCUUGUUUGUUUCUUCAUAUCUCUCACAAAUCUCAAUUCAUAACUUGGAUACCUCCACAUGUUGACCUUCUAGACCUUACUAUCUCCACUGACUCCAAGAGGAAGCUCUUCCUCACUAAAUUUGUACCAGGAUGCCAAAUUCAUCCUCAGAAACUUGAAUAACUAUAAAACCCUAAUCCAUACAAAAAUUGAGUUCUGUCUCUAUCUAACACAUUUGCAUAUUAAAUCUGAACAGCAGCCUCUAGUUCUCAAUUCCCCAACCAGGAGAAACACCCUUCCAGCAAUUACCCUAACAAGGUCUUUAAGAAUCUUAUAUUUCAAUGAUAUCACCUCUUAUAAACCCCAGGGUAUCUGGUCCCUGUUUACUCAAUCUCUCCUCACAGGACAAUCCCCUCAUUCCAGGUAUCAGUCUAGGACACCUACAUUACCCUCUCUGUAAGGCUAGUAUAUCCUUCAAUGGGUAAAGAGACCAAAAGCACACAGUGGUCGAGGUGUGAUCUCACCAAGGCCUUAUAUAAUUGUAGUGUCUUCUUCAAUCAAAUACUCCAAUCCCUUUGUAAUUAAGGCUAAUAUACCAUUAGCCUUCCUAAUUACUUGUACCUGCAUUAUAACUUUCUGUGAUUCAUAUACAAUAAAGUGCAGGUCUCUCUGAAUAAAAUUUCCUAAUCCCUCAAUUUAAAGUAAAUUAGAAGUUAAUCAGUGUUCUCACCCCGCCUGACUCCUUGUUCUGUGGCAUCACUUGAUGGUUAUCUCUGUUGUGUUCUUGGGUCAUUACUGCUCUCGCUGUGUUCUUGAUUAUUACUGCUGUCACUGUGUUUUUGAUCAUUACUGCUCUUGCUGUGUCUUCAGUUCAUUACUGCUCUUGCUGUGUUUUCAAUCAUUACUGCUCUCGCUGUGUUCUCAAUCAUUACUGCUCUCGCUGUGUUCUCAAUCAUUACUGCUCUCGCUGUGUGCUCGAUCGUUACUGCUCUCGCUGUGUUCUAGAUCACUACUGCUGUGUUCUUGAUCAUGACUGCUCUCACUGUGUUCUCGAUCAUGACUGCUCUCGCUGUUUUCUCGAUCAUGACUGCUCUCGCUGUGUUCUCAAUCAUGGCUGCUCUCGCUGUGUUCGUGAUCAUGACUGCUCUUGCUGUGUUCUCGAUCAUUACUGCUCUCGCUAUGUUCUCGGGCCAUUACUGCUGUCCCUGUGUUCUCAGGUCAUUACUGCUCUCGCCGUGUUCUCGGGUCAUUGCUGCUGUCCCUGUGUUCUUGGGUCAUUAUUGCUGUCCCUGUGUUCUUGGGUCAUUACUGCUCUCACUGUGUUCUCGAUCAUUACUGCUCCCGCUGUGUUGUCGAUCAUUACUGCUCUCGUUGUGUUCUCAAUCAUUACUGCUCUCGCUGUGUUCUUGAUCAUUACUGCUCUCGCUGUGUUCUCGAUCAUUACUGCUCUUGCUAUGUUCUUGAUCAUAACUGCUCUCGCUGUGUUCUUGGGCCAUGACUGCUCUCACUGUGUUCUCGAUCAUUACUGCUGUCCCUGUGUUCUCGGGCCAUUACUGCUCUCCCUGUGUUCUCAGGCCAUGACUGCUCUCGCUGUGUUCUCGGGUCAUUACUGCUCUCGCUGUGUCUCGAUCAUUACUGCUAUCCCUGUGUUCUUGGGUCAUUACUGCUGUCCCUGUGUUCCCGGGUCAUUACUGCUCUCGCUGUGUUCUCGAUCAUUACUGCCGUCCCUGUGUUUUCGGGUCAUUACUGCUCUCGCUGUGUUCUCGAUCAUUGCUGCUGUCCCUGUGUUCUCGGGUCAUUACUGCUCUCGCUGUGUUCUCGAGUCAUUACUUCUGUCCCUGUGUUUUCGGGUCAUUACUGCUGUCCCUAUGUUCUCGGGUCAUUACUGCUCCCACUGUGUUCUUGUCAUUACUGUUCUCGCUGUGUUCUCGGGCCAUGACUGCUCUCGCUGCGUUCUCAGGUCAUUACUGCUCUCGCUGUGUUCUCGAUCAUUACUGCUGUCCCUGUGUUUUCGGGUCAUUACUGCUCUCGCUGUGUUCUCGAUCAUUGCUGCUGUCCCUGUGUUCUCAGGUCAUUACUGCUCUCGCUGUGUUCUCGAUCAUUACUGCUGUCCCUGUGUUUUCAGGUCAUUACUGCUCUCGCUGUGUUCCCGAUCAUUACUGCUCUCGCUGUGUUCUCAGGUCAUUACUGCUGUCCCUGUGUUUUCGGGUCAUUACUGCUGUCCCUGUGUUCUCAGAUCAUUAUUGCUCUCGUUAUGCUCUCGGAUCAUCCCUCUUCUCGCGUGUUCUUGUUCGCGUCUCAUCACUAACUUUCUGUGAUGAAUGGAUAAGGACACACGGCUCCCUCUGAAUGCAAGCCUUUCCUAGUUUCACCAUUCAAAACAUAUUGUGCUUUCUAUUUUUUUUCCUAACUUCACCCUUCCCCACAUUAUAUUCCAUCCACUAUGUUCUUACCCACUCACCCAACUUGUCUGUAUCUCUUUGCAACCUCCAUACAGCUUACUUUCCCACCCAACUUUGUAUUGUCUGCAAACUUGGACUCUCUCAAUGUUCUGUCCCUCACUGGCUUGGCUCAGGUUGUGAGGGUGUAUAGAUAAUUGCAUAUUCUUGGAUUGUUGAUGAACAAUGUUGUCCACUUGCCAGUACCUUCACUUUGUGCAGAGGUUGUUGUGUUUUGUCUUCUAAUUGUUUCUGGUUUGAUUUGAAGAAGUUAGAAAAGGGAUACAGCCAACCAGAACAUUUCUGAAUUACUAAUGACCGUAACGUUGCACUGAUGGCACAUGGCUCAAUGUAGUUGUGUAUCUGAAAAUCGCACUUAUUAUUGAGCAUGCAUCGAAACGGGGAUUGUACAGACCUGAGGCUGAACUGAGCUUGUACAGUGAUGUGUUAUUCAGUCCUGGACUUGGCAGUGUGUGCACAGUGGCGCAGUCCUGGAGUGAGGCAUCUUAUGCGCACCAGGAACACUCAACCCUAACUCAGUUCUCCAGCAUUGCAGUAUCAGUGUCUGUUAUCAGACUGUGUGGGAUUCUGGUGGGAAGAUGAUGAAAGGCUCAGUUCUCCCACUGCCUCUCCUCGACAUGUUUUAUCUGUAGUGUUUAUUUUUGUAUUUAUUUUGUUACUCUUUUUAAAUUGUAUUUUAAGAAAUACAGAUUUAAGUAUAUGUGCUGACUAAUUGGUAAAAAGAUUGAUGGUGCUUUGUGGUCAGGUUUGGGAUCAUAUUGAGAUAAUGUCACAUGCAGUGGGAUCCUGGCAUUGAACCAGGCACCUGUUUUCUAUUAACACUAGUGAACGUCAUGUGAACCCACAUCUAAUCGAUCAACUCUGUAAAGUCAUGUCCAAUGAUCCAGUUGACCUCUUUUUCUAAGUAACACAUAUAGAUCAGAUCCCCUUGUUGGUUUCAAAAUCUUUACUUACAGAAGGAAAAUUUCAACACCAGAAUUAAAAAUAUACUGAGA